UUUACAUGACCAUUUGGCGCUGUAACGAAUAACGACGUGAAUAUAGACGAAAUUCAAAAAGGUGAACACGAGCGGGUGACAGUCAACUUGUUCCAUCAAUGUGGCGCCGGCGGUGAUUGAAUGAAAAAUUGGAUGGUCCGUGAACGGAGAUUUUGGCAUAGAGCACGGGGGUUAGAACGAUCGUUUUUCUUAGUAGAAAGAGAGAGCGAAUUCGUGUACGAUUACCUGAAAGGUUCGCGCACGUUGACGCUUUGAGAGAACUUCGUUAAUCUAUUUGAAUGACGAUGACAGUGUGCUGACCGUCCCACUGAUACGGGAGCUAUGGCGAACAUCGCGGCACAGAGAAUCAAACGCGAAUUUAAAGAGGUUAUAAAGAGCGAGGAGGUUGCUAAAUGUGCGAUAAAUGUUGAGCUUGUAAACGAUAGUUUAACUGAAUUAAAAGGUGAAAUUGCUGGUCCACCAGAUACACCAUACGAGGGAGGUAAUUUUGUACUCGAGAUUAAAGUUCCCGAGACAUAUCCCUUCAAUCCUCCUAAAGUACGAUUUAUAACAAAAAUAUGGCACCCUAAUAUAUCUUCAGUAACAGGUGCUAUUUGUUUGGAUAUAUUAAAAGAUCAGUGGGCUGCUGCUAUGACCUUGCGUACAGUAUUGCUAUCAUUACAAGCAUUAUUGUCUGCAGCAGAACCAGAUGAUCCACAGGAUGCAGUAGUGGCUAAACAAUAUAAAGAACACCCAGAAAUGUUUCGUCAAACUGCUAAACAUUGGACAUUUGUGUAUGCAGGUGGGCCAGCUAAGAUGCCUGACUUAGAUGACAAAAUAAGACGAUUAACAGAUAUGGGAAUCGAGGAACACAAUGCAAGGGUUGCUUUAUCUUCCUAUAAUUGGGAUUUGGAACGUGCCACCGAGCAGCUCUUCAGUUAGUGAUAACUGUAUAGUUAAUCUGUCAUAUACAAGCACUGCUCAUUUUGUCAUUACAAAACUUCUGUAACACUACACCCAAUUAUUGAUACCAUACCAGUUUCAUAAUCAAAUUCAGCACUUGUAACGACAAUAUUUCAAUGGCAAAAAAACUUGCAGGAAAUUCAUUUAAUGUCCUUGAAUAAUAGUCGUUUAUUUAACUUGUAAAAUAGGUAUGAAGAAACAGUAAUUAAUAAAAUCUGUUAAGUCCAUCUCGAUAGCCACAUUUUAAAGAAGGAUUUAAUGAUAAAAAUAUCAUUUUUCAUCUUGCGUUUAUUAAAAGUUUAAUCGUGUUAUUUAAACAUUUGAAUUUUUAUUGGUUAGAAGGAGUACGCAAUGCAUUUAUCAAAGUUCUUUUAAAGAAAAAAAAAAAGUAGUUUUAUGUGUUGAGCAUUCAUUAAAUCUCUUUGUACAAAUCAUUAUAUAUUUUUAAAUCUUUCAUUGGCCUUUCCUUUCAUUUAUGUAGCUGUAUUUUAUUAAUUGGUUAAUAGAUUUUUUUUCAGAAUGUAUUGAAUACAUAGUUAAUUUUUGCAUAGCACAAUAUUUAAUGAAUAUUUUUUAUUUUUAUAGACGUUCGUGUUCUAUGCUUUGUUACAUUCAUACGAAAACAUUAGUCAUUUUGUAUUCUUAUUAUUAAUUUCUAAAUUCUUUUAAGCCACAAAGAGGUUUAUCUUAAUUAGACCUGAUUGUACAUUAUCGAAAUAGACAAGAACUUGUUAGCGUUAAAUGAUAUUUGUAAAAAGAAUCGUAAUCAUAAAUGCUAUAUUGUUAAUAUUUAAAUUUUGUACAUUUUCGGUGAUGGGAUGUAUUUCAAUACUUUAUAAAUUACCAUGUCAUUUAUGUAUACAUUACUAUAUAUAUGUAUAUGUAGCUUAUUGCAUUCGAAACUGAACAUGUACAUUCCACGUUCAGAAAGCAAAUCGCAUUUAUACGUCACUAGGGAUACAGUUAUAAAGCAAAUUUGGUUUUCAAGUAAUAAUAAAUUUAAUGACAAAAAAAAUAUUAAACAAAGUAUGGUGUUGCAAAUCUAGAAAAAAAAAAGGUUUUCUAUUACGAAUAUUUAGUACUAUGUAUGAAAGUGUCUUGUUUGCGAAGGAUAGCUGAAUUAUAACUAAUUUAAGGAGAAAUUAAUUAUUCAUAGAAUCUAAUAAAAUAGCGGCAUAUGUAGAAUACAUUGCAAACUUGUUCAAAACACUACUUGUAUAGCAUUACACGUAUUACCCUACACAUGUUAUAUAGACUUUUAAAUAUAAUUACACAAUAUCAUGUCCCUGGCAGUGCUAAAAUAGGAAUUUUUCAAUUUUCUUUUACAUCUUUUAGUAAUUAAUACAGAGGCUGUGUUAAUAGAUUAUAAAUGCUGUUUGGUUUGUUUGAUUUAGAAACACAGAUUUACAAAAAUUUAGGUAUACAUGGGUUAAUUUAUGAAAAUAAUUGGAUGCAACAUCUUUAAACAUUCUAGAUGUAAUUUAAUAUUUCAAAAAUAUUAAUAAACAACUUUUUCAGUACUAGUA